AUGGACUGGGAGAGGGCCAAGAGCAACCGUGCCACUCCAGCCGAGGGUUUCUCCAGCCACUGUGGCGUUUCUAUGCCAGAAGAGGAGGAUCUCAAACUGGCAUCGUGGUGUUUCAUCAAGCCACUUGCAAGGCUUUCCAUAAGCACAUUGAAAUGUUUUUUUCUCUCAUUGUAGGAAGAACUCAAAAGGCUCCAACACACCUUGGAACAGGUCAAUGAUGGCAAAGACUUGCUUCAGAGCCAUCAGCUUGCCAUGGACGAAGAAAACAAUAUUGAAAAAUAUCAUAUCAACUUACAGCCCUUGGAAUCAAAAGUGAAAAUUAUCCAGCGAGCAUGGCGUGAGUACCUGCAGCGCCAGGACCUGCCACACCACGAGCCACUGGACAAGCGCAGUCCCUCCCCACCGUCCCUCUCCUCGGACAAGAUGAGCAGGUCCAUCAGCAUGAACACCUUUUCUGACAGCAGCACACCGGUGAGUACAGCUUACCAGUUAGGGCCCAUUUUCCUAUUUGUUGCUUUCUAUUGGGUUCCUUUCUAGGAUUUUGGAUAAAUGAAAGCUGAAUUCUGGGCUAAUCAUGAAAGAGGGACUUCUAGGGGAGUAGCAGUGUCUCAAAUGAACCUGCAAGCAGAUGAGUCUCUUGUAGGUACCGUUGAAUGA